GCCGCGAUGACACGGCGCCCGCGGCGGCCCCGAGGCGCCGGGCGGGCCGUUUGCUGACCGGAUCGCGGCUGCCCGCCAGCGUGUCCGCGGUGCCGCCGCCGCCAGGAUGGGCUGCGCCCCGAGCAUCCACACUUCCGAAAACCAAACGUUUAGCCACAGCGACGGCGAGGACGAGAUCGUGGACGUGGACGUCCCGGGCCCCGCGCCGAGAUCUAUUCAGCGAUGGUCGACCGCGCCCGGGCUCGUGGAGCCUCAGCCUCGGGACAGCGGCGCCUCGAAGGUAUCAGUAGCUGAUGUGCAAUUUGGGCCGAUGAGAUUUCAUCAAGACCAACUUCAGGUCCUUUUAGUGUUUACCAAAGAAGAUAACCAGUGUAAUGGAUUCCACAGGGCAUGUGAGAAAGCUGGGUUUAAGUGCACAGUCACCAAGGAGGUGCAGACUGUCCUUACCUGUUUCCAGGACAAACUCCAUGACAUCAUCAUCAUAGACCACAGAAAUCCCCGACAGAUGGAUGCAGAGGCACUAUGCAGGUCUAUCAGAUCAUCAAAAUUCUCAGAAAACACAGUUAUUAUUGGCGUAGUACGCAGGGUGGACAAAGAAGAGGCGUCUUUAAUGCCCUUCCUUGCUGCUGGCUUCACACGGAGGUAUAUAGAAAACCCCAACGUCAUGGCCUGUUAUAAUGAACUGCUCCAGUUGGCAUUUGGAGAGGUGCGAUCACAACUGAAACUCAGGGCUUGUAACUCAGUAUUCACUGCGUUAGAGAAAAGUCAAGAAGCAAUUGAAAUUACAAGUGAGGACCACAUUAUACAGUAUGCAAACCCUGCAUUUGAAUCAACAAUGGGUUAUCAGUCAGGAGAAUUAAUAGGGAAGGAGUUAGCGCAAGUGCCCAUAAAUGAAAAAAAAGGUGAUUUGCUCGAUGCCAUAAAUUCAUGUGUCACAAUAGACAAGGAGUGGCAAGGAGUUUACCAUACCCAAAAGAAAAAUGGAGAUAAUAUACAACAAAAUGUGAAGAUAAUACCUGUCAUUGGGCAGGGAGGAAAAAUCAGACACUAUGUGUCCAUUAUCAGAGUAUGCAAUGGCAACAAUAAGGUUGAGACCACAACUGAGUGUGUUCAGACUGACAGACAAACAGAUAACCAGGCAGGCAAACAUAAAGACAGAAGGAAAUACUCGAUGGACGCCAAAGCAGCUUCCUCCAGAACAAGCGAUGUUUCCAAUCAGAGAAGACAUUCCUCUUUGGCCCGGAUACAUUCUAUGAUGAUUGAGGCUCCCAUCACCAAGGUAAUCAAUAUUAUCAAUGCUGCCCAGGAAAACAGUCCUGUGCCUGUGACAGAAGCCUUGAACCGUGUGCUGGAUAUUCUGAGAACCACUGAGUUGUACUCGCCACAGUUUAAUGCUCAGGACGAUCCCCAUGCCACAGACCUUGUUGGGGGCUUAAUGUCUGUAAGUCCAUCUCCUAGGGCUUUAAAAAGGCAAGCAGAGCACCUGUACCUCCCACCACUUUCAAACAAUUUGGCCACCCCCAUCUCCCUUCAUGAUAUCCCACCACGGAUUGCCCUGGCCAUAGAAAAUGAAGAAGAGUGGGACUUUGACAUUUUUGAGCUGGAAGUAGCAACCCAAAAUAGGCCUUUGAUUUACCUAGGUCUGAAAACAUUUGCACGUUUUGGAAUGUGUGAGUUCUUACAGUGCUCGGAGGCAACGCUGAGAUCGUGGUUUCAGAUGAUCGAGUCCAACUACCACGCUUCUAACCCCUACCACAAUUCCACACACGCUGCGGAUGUGCUUCACGCCACGGCGUAUUUCCUUUCCAGAAACAAAAUAAAGGAAACUUUAGAUCGCAUUGAUGAGGUUGCUGCCCUCAUUGCGGCCACCGUCCACGACGUGGACCACCCUGGAAGAACCAACUCCUUCCUCUGCAACGCGGGAAACCAGCUGGCCGUGCUCUACAACGACGCCGCUGUGCUGGAGAGCCACCAUGUGGCACUGGCCUUCCAGCUGACGCUUGAAAAUGAUCAGUGCAAUAUCUUUAAACAAAUGGAGAGGAAUGACUACCGGACACUACGCCAGAGUAUUAUUGACAUGGUCCUAGCCACAGAAAUGACGAAGCACUUUGAACAUGUCAACAAAUUUAUCAACAGCAUCAACAAGCCUUUGGCAGCACAGGAGAGGGAGGAAACUGGCAGAAGCCUGGAAGACAUAAAAGCUCUGCUCAAGACCCCAGAGAGCCGGGCUCUCAUCAAAAGAAUGAUGAUCAAGUGUGCUGACGUGUCCAACCCCUGCCGGCCGCUAGAGCACUGCAUUGAGUGGGCUGCACGCAUUUCAGAGGAGUAUUUUUCUCAGACUGAUGAAGAGAAACAGCUGGACUUGCCUGUGGUGAUGCCCGUGUUUGACAGAAACACCUGCAGCAUUCCCAAGUCUCAGAUCUCCUUCAUCGAUUACUUCAUCACAGACAUGUUUGAUGCCUGGGAUGCCUUCGUUGACCUGCCUAACCUCAUGCAGCACCUAGAUGACAACUUCAGGUACUGGAAAGGACUGGAUGAGAGGAAGCUUCGCAGCCUCCGCCCGCCUCCAGAGUAGUGUGAGGUACACACCCGGCCUGUGGCUGUCCUUCCUGGUCUCUGCAGUUUCUUAGCCCUUUCACUGUUGGCCAGAGCUGUCCCCUCAUCUGCAGAGCCUUUGAAAGCCCACGGGAUGCCCACCUUCUGUGGCCACAUCUGACACCAUAGCUUGCUGCAAGGCUCUUUUGUGAGGCCCCAAGAGCUGUGGUUUGUAUCGACUAUGUUACCACAGCCCUGGGAGCCCUGCAGAGGUGACCUGGCUCUCCUAGCAGUGACCAUGUGUCCUAUUUCCCUGAGCCUGCAGAGCAGCAUCUGGGGACACUGCUGUAGGGGACUUCUCUCUUAAGUUCACUAGCAAAUGAGACAGACAUUUAAGGUUGAUUAUCCCAAUUAUUACAUGUUUUAUUUAUUUUAUUAGACGUUUGAUGUUUUCUAUGAAUUUAAAAGUACUUCAAAGCCAAAGCCAAUUUCAGAUGCCUUGACCAAGUUCAUGACUUAUGUGUGUGUGAUUUGGUUACAGACUUAUUUUCAUAAAUGCAGAUUUAGAAUUUUAAAAUGAUGCAUCUUUUCCACACUAUGGAAUAUAUUAAAUUCUCCUCUUUGAUGUUAGUGGGAAAGGCUUUAUGUAGUGGGUCUCACUCUAGUGUGUAACAGAGAAGCCACGUCUGCAGACCGGCUCUGAGCAGCAGCUGUCAGGAGUUUUAUAGGUGCCUUCUCAGAGAAAAAUCUGAUUUGACCAUUUUUUUUCCUAAAAUUUUAUAAUUGAAUUUCUAAAAGCCUGCCUCAUUUUAUACCAUUUCUAUAAACUAUGCCCUAUAAAAAGCAAAGCAAACCUGGGUACCUAGCAGCUGAUAUUUUACAGCUAACAUGGGGUAUUUGAGUCUAGACAUAUAAAGGUUCUAUCUCCUCACAUUUUGAAUAAGCAUAAUACUAUAAAGAUGAUAUUCAAUGACAUGUUGAAAUGUUUCAUUUUAAACUUGUAUUUUUUCUGGAUGAAAUUAAACUAUUUGUUUUUAA